GAUGGAGAGAGAGAUGGGAGAGAGAGAGAUGAGAGAGAGAGAUGGGGGAGAGAGAUGAGACCUCCUCCACCUCCCCCUACACCUCCACCACCUCCACCACCACCUCCACCUCGUCCACCUCCAUCACCUCCAUCACCUCCUCUUCUUCCACCACCCGCUGCUGCACCUCCUCAAGUUCAGGAUGUGCGUAUGGGGAGCUGUGCUGUAGUGGUUUGUGUGUGUGUGUACGUGUGUAUGUGUGUGUGUGUACGUGUGUGUGUACGUGUGGUGAGUGAGUGGUGA